AUGGACUUGGACGAGGCCUUCGGCUUGGUGGGGGAGUUCGGCCCCAGGCAGAAGCGACUCACCGCGUUCCUGGUGCUGCUGCAGUUGCUGGUGAGAAGGAUGCUACUUCCUUUGGAAGCACCUGACCAGCAGGACUCGCCCUCCGGGGCGCUGGAACCUAAUCCUCCAAUAGAUGAAGUCAUACAAAAACCAGGAGUUGUGCAGAGAUUUGUGAAAUUUCUAGAAAAGAAUGACAAUUGCACUCUUCAGUUUGAAGCAGCAUGGGCUCUUACAAAUAUAGCAUCUGGGACAUUUCUGCACACCAAAGUGGUAAUCGAGACUGGAGCUGUCCCAAUUUUUAUCAAGUUGCUGAACUCUGAACAUGAAGAUGUCCAGGAACAGGCAGUGUGGGCUCUUGGUAAUAUUGCUGGAGACAAUGCAGAAUGUAGAGAUUACGUGUUAAGCUGUGGAAUACUUCCCCCUCUCUUACAACUGCUAACACAUUCAAACAGACUUACGACGACUAGAAAUGCAGUCUGGGCACUUUCAAACCUCUGUAGAGGCAAGAACCCACCUCCUGAUUUCAGCAAGGUUCGUCUUUGCUUAGGUGUUUUGUCAAGGCUGUUGUUUAGCAGCGACCCAGAUGUAUUAGCAGAUGCUUGCUGGGCCCUCUCUUACCUAUCCGAUGGACCAAACGAUAAAAUCCAAGCAGUUAUUGACUCUGGAGUCUGCCGAAGAUUAGUAGAACUUCUGAUGCACAAUGACUACAAAGUGGUAUCGCCUGCAUUAAGAGCAGUUGGAAAUAUUGUUACUGGUGAUGAUAUUCAAACACAGGUAAUUCUAAAUUGCUCUGCAUUACCCUGUCUCUUACAUUUGCUGAGUAGUCCCAAGGAAUCUAUACGGAAAGAAGCUUGCUGGACAGUUUCUAAUAUUACUGCAGGAAACAGAGGCCAAAUUCAGGUAAUAUAUUUGGGUCUUUCUGACAGUUCUGACAUAGCAGUGGACCAUGUUAUAUUUGCCUUUACUUAACUACUUCUCCAUCUGUUCCUGAUGCAAAUCUUUGUAUCUUCCACAUGCUGAAUUAUGAUGAAUAGCUGGGAUAUAUACCCC